AUGCCGCCCUUGUCGGGGCUGGUGGGGGCCGCCCUGCUCGGAGCCGUCGCCCUGCACUGCGCCCUGGCCCGGACCCCCGACACCCCCGUGCCGGGGGCUCCCUGCCGGAUGCCGGGAUCGCAGGACGACCUGAACUCUUUCCUCUGGACCGUCCGCCGGGACCCCCCCGCUUACCUGUUUGGGACCAUCCACGUGCCCUACACCCGCGUCUGGGACUUCAUCCCGGACAACUCCAAGGCGGCCUUCGCGGCCAGCGCCCGCGUCUACUUCGAGCUGGACCUCACGGACCCGUUCACCAUCUCGGCCCUGGCCAGCUGCCAGCUGCUGCCGCCCGGGGAGAACCUGCAGGGCCUGCUGCCCCGCGAGCUCUACCACCGCCUCAAACGCCACCUGGACUACGUCCGGUUCAUGAUGCCCGCCUGGGUCACCCCGGACCAGCGGGGCCGCGGCCUCUACCCCGACUACCUCUUCAACGCCAUUGCCGGCAACUGGGAGCGCAAGAGGCCCGUGUGGGUCAUGCUCAUGGUCAACUCGCUGACGGAGGCGGACGUGCGGUCCCGGGGGGUGCCCGUACUGGACCUGUUCCUGGCCCAGGAGGCCGAACGCCUGAAGAAGCGGACCGGGGCGGUGGAGAGGGUGGAAGAGCAGUGCCUCCCGCUCAACGGCCUCAACAUCUCCCAGGUGCUGUUUGCUCUGAAUCAGACCUUGCUGCAGCAUGAGAGCCUGCGGGCCGGCAGCCUGCAAAUCCCCUACACCACCGAGGACCUCAUCAAACACUACAACUGUGGCGACCUCAACGCCGUCAUCUUCAACCGCGACACCUCGCAGCUCCCCAGUUUCAUCAACACCACCCUGCCCCCUCACGAGCAGGUGACGGCCCAGGAGAUUGACAGCUACUUCCGUCGGGAACUGAUCUACAAGCGCAACGAGCGGAUGGGCCGCCGGGUCAUGGCUCUGCUGCGAGAGAACGGGGACAAGAGCUUCUUCUUCGCCUUCGGAGCAGGGCACUUCCUGGGCAAUCACACGGUUAUUGACGUGCUCCGGCAGGCGGGGUUCGAGGUGGAACACACCCCCGCGGGGAGCCCGGUUCCCCACUCAGCAGCCCCGGACACGGACCCCCCGCCUCUGCCACCCGCCGAAGCCUCCAUGACGGUGACCCCCGCGCUCCAGGCCGCAGGCCCCGCCCCGCCCCCCUCGCCCACACCCCUCACGACCGACAGGGACCCCACCUUGCCGCCGCCCCUCCUGCUCCCCGACAGCAUCAGCCAGCUGCAGGAGUUCGGCCGGCAGAAGAAGUGGCCCCCAAAGCCACCCAACCACCCCCGCCCGCGCCACUUCAAUGACCUGUGGGUGCGCAUCGAUGACAGCACCACGACGUCAGCGCCCCCGGCCAGAAACACCCCCGGCUACGAGACGGUCAGGCCCCCCGUGAGGUUCACCAAUGAACUGGAACAGCGGCCCCAUCCCGCCCCGCCUGGCCCCUUGACGAGCUCGGCUCCCCGGGGCUCCCCAUGGCCCCUCUUGGCCACCGCUGCCGUGGCCGCCUGCCUCCUGCACCUCCUCCGACCGUCCUGACCGCCCCCUCCCCCUCCCAAUUCCCCCCACUGGACCGAGACACCUUAAGAAUCCUGGUUUUCCAGGACUCCUCUCCGCGGAACGGGGAGAGGCCGCCACCGUCGGCCUCUCCACCCGGCCCCGUUUCCGAAUCUCUAAAGCUUUAUCGUAACACUGACUUCAUCUUCUUUUUGUAGAAGGGUCUUUAUUUCCCAUAGUGCUAUGGGGCUCUGUAAGAUAUGUGUUCAUAUUCAGAAAGUGUAUUUAUUCCGCCGAUGAACUUAUUUUUACGAUGUAUAUGUUCAUAGCCCCCGUAUUAAACAGGAGCGACGACCGA